UCCUGCUUAGAAUAAGAGCGAUCGAAGGAUAGGGAAGGCAAGGAAAUUUGCAGAUUCUCAAUGGCAAAUUUGCCCCAGUCGCUCUCCAUGAAUGCGCCGUUCGGAGCUCCAGGUGCCUCCGCCCAGAACGCCGCCGCUACUCAGGUCAACAAGGAACGUAAGCUGGCGUCCGCAGAACACCUUGUUCUUGAACUGAGCAACCCCGAUCUCCGAGAAAAUGCGCUUCUGGAACUCUCCAAGAAACGAGAGUUGUUUCAAGAUCUUGCUCCAUUACUUUGGAAUUCUUUUGGUACUAUUGCAGCACUUUUACAGGAAAUAGUUUCAAUAUACCCUGUUCUUUCACCACCAAAUCUUACCCCAGCACAAUCAAACCGCGUGUGCAAUGCUCUUGCUCUUCUUCAGUGUGUGGCUUCUCAUCCAGAUACGAGGAUGCUAUUCCUCAAUGCUCAUAUACCUCUAUAUCUAUAUCCCUUCCUUAAUACAACAAGCAAGUCGAGACCAUUUGAGUAUUUGAGGCUUACUAGUCUUGGUGUCAUUGGUGCCUUGGUGAAGGUUGAUGAUACAGAAGUUAUAAGCUUCCUUCUUUCAACAGAGAUAAUUCCUCUCUGCCUGCGCACCAUGGAAAUGGGCAGUGAAUUGUCAAAAACAGUUGCGACAUUUAUAGUCCAGAAGAUUCUAUUGGAUGAUGUGGGAUUGGAUUAUAUUUGUACUACAGCAGAGCGGUUUUUUGCGGUAGGUAGAGUUUUGGCAAGCAUGGUGCAAGCUCUUGCUGAGCAACCAUCGUCUCGUCUGUUGAAACAUAUCAUUAGAUGUUACCUCCGCCUGUCAGAUAAUCCGAGGGCUUGUGAUGCAUUACGAAGUUGUCUGCCAGAUAUGUUGAGAGAUGCUACUUUCAGUAGCUGCCUCCGGGAAGACCCAACAACCAGAAGGUGGCUGCAACAAUUGCUUAUGAAUGUUGGAAUGAAUCGGGUUCCUGCUGCACUGCAAGCUGGAGCUGGUUUCGAACAUAUGAUGGUGUCAUAAUUAUAAGGUUUAAGUGGUCAUCUGUUUUUUCGUCAUGUGAUGCUGGUGUCAGAAUUAUAGGGUUUUCGGUUGCUUCACCCUUGUUUUUCACCAAAAGAUGAAAAGGAGAAAAAAAGAAAAAAAAAGAGGGAAGGUUUUCUCUUCGAUGCUGGGCUUUUUAUCUACCUGGUCCAGUCAUGAGUAGUCACAUUUUCUGUUUCCAUCUCAAGCAUUUUAUUUCAGAUAAAUUAGUUGUAAUUAUUGGUAACUUGUGCCGAGUGAUGUAAGAUGUUGUUUUAUGUAGCUAAUUAUAUGGUUCUUUGAUCCAAUUAUUCUCAGAGAACGCUGUGUUAUCAACUCGGAAAAAUUCUUAU